AUGUCAAACAUAACGAAUUCUUCCACUUUAAAUUUAAUCAAUUCUAUUUCUUCAGAAGUUAAUGCUUAUAUGACAUUAUUCAUCUUUAUAUUUGGUACUAUUGGAAAUUCAUUAAAUACAAUAGUACUAGCACAAGCAAAAUUACGUUCUAAUCCAUGUGUACUCUACUUUCUUGGUUCAUCUAUAUCAAGUCUUGGAAUAAUUCUAGUUGGUCUACCAACACGUCUUAUAGCUGGAUGGAUAUCAACAGAUCCAACAAAUACAAAUUCUUUACUUUGUAAAUUACGUAUUUUUCUUCUUUAUGGAUUUCGUACAACAUCAGUUUGGCUUAUUGUACUUGCUACUAUGGAUCGAUGGUUCGUAAGUAGUGUACGAGUAAAAAGACGUUUUUUAAGUUGUCAUCGAAUUGCACAUAAAAGUAUUAUUGUUGUCUAUGUAUUAUCAUUUCUUUUAUGGACACAAUCUCUUUAUUGUUAUAAUACUGGCCUUCCUGAAGCUCCACUUAAAUGUUACGGAAUGACAUCAACAUGUCGAAUAUUUAAUGAUGUUGUAUAUGCAUGUUCAACUGUUAUUGUACCAUCAAUAUUAAUGUUAAUCUUUGGUUUUUUAACAAUUCAUAAUAUAAGUCGAUCACUUCGAGUUAUCACACCAUAUAUUAACAUGGUUUCGAAUAUCAAUUCAAUGAAUGCGACAAAACGAAGAAAACCACGGCCUAAUAAUAGUUCUCUUACUGGGAUGCUUCUUCUUCAAGUUAUUCUCUUAACUGUUCUUUCAUUGCCACAAGCGAUCCAUCAAUUUUAUUUGACCUUUAGUAUUUCUAUAAUCAAGAGUCCACUUCGUUAUGCAAUAGAAAAUCUUAUUAUUAAUUUUGAUUUUUCUCUUACAUAUGUUGGAAAUAGUAUUCCUUUUUACAUUUAUACACUCACUGGAGCUUUAUUUCGUCAAACUCUUAUUCGACUUUUUCGUUCAAUAUAUCGACAAUGGAAAUCUUAUUUAUUAAACUUCAUUGUCGACUUUAAUAAUUUCUUUUUUACAGUUGUUCGCUCACGAAAAAUAAAUUUUAAUUGA